UAAUAAUGGCAUCAACUGAACAAGCUACCGCCCCAAGGAUCAAGAAGUCCUUUAAGAAGCAAAUGUACAGAGGAAUUGAGAUCAAUGACUUGAUUGAGAUGAAACUCCCAAAUGUUGUCAAGCUCUUGGGUUCCAGACAGAGAAGAAGAUAUGCAAGAGGAAUGCAGAAGAAAUAUGAUACUCUUCUAAAGAAGGUUCAAAAGUCUAUCAUUAAUUGCCCAGAAGGAGAGAAGCCAAAGGGAGUCAAGACUCAUCUUAGAAACGCAAUUGUUCUUCCUCAAAUGGUCGGAGGACUUAUCGAAGUAUACAGAGGAAACUCUUUUGUCCCAGUCGAAAUUAAAUGUGACAUGAUCGGUUGCUAUUUGGGAGAAUUUGCUAUGACUUACAAGCCAGUUACUCAUGGUAAAUUAGGAGUCGGUGCUACCAAAUCAUCCAAGUUCACCUCCACCACAUAA